GAGGCUUCGAUAUAAAAACCUGGAUUAUCCAUCUCCCUUCAUCAACCCAGGUCAUCAACGAUAUCUUUCAUCUCGGUCAACGUUUCAUUGACUUCUCACAGCUAUGGCGUUCAUGCUGAGGCGACCAUUUGCCGUCACAACGGCUUUGAAGCAAGCUGCACCUCGUAGUGCAAACGUAACCGUUCGAUACUUCCACAAUACCCCAAUCCAGAGCUCUCCGGUCUUUAAACCCUCGACUCCCGCACGUCCAUCUUCCAUCCUCGCACGAACUCGACAGACCUUCCGGAAUGCUUUCCGCCGCACAUAUAUGCAGGAGACCUAUCAAGUCGACCGUGGAAAUCUGACACAGAAGUUGCUAUAUGGAGUUGCCAUCGUAGGUGGAACUAUCGUGGCCACAAACUUGAUCUUCAACCGCGAGACUCGCGACGAUGGCGGCAUGCCGGUUUACGAGAGACAAUACUUGAAUGAGACGUUCAUGCACACUGGUCUAGGUCUUGGUAUCAUUGCUAUCGCUGCUCGUGCUCUACACACCAAUGGGUGGUCCGUUCGCUUGAUGGCCUCAAACCCAUGGGCUGUCGUUGGUCUCGGUCUGGUUGCCAGUAUCGGCACUAUGUACGGCACAAUGUACACUCCUCCUGAAAAUUACAUGCUCAAAUACGCUCUAUGGACCGGCUUCAACGUGACUCAGGCUGCUCUUCUGUCGCCUUUGAUGUUCUUGUCACCCGCUUUGCUCGCUCGUGCCGGUCUCUACACAGUUGGUAUGAUGGGCUCUAUCGCGUUCGUUGGUGCCACUGCCAAGCAAGAGAAGUACCUCUACCUUGGCGGUCCUCUUCUUGCAGGUGUUGCCGUUGUUGCUCUUUCCGGCUUUGCUCCUCUCGUUCUCCCAGCUACUGCUGCUCGUACACUGAUGUGGUCUGAGCGUAUCUGGCUCUAUGGAGGUCUCGCUGUCUUUGGCGGCUUCACACUCUAUGAUGUCCAGAGAAUCCUGCACCACGCUCGUCUUGCUGAGCGGGGUGUAGUCCGACGUGACCCAGUCAACGAGAGCGUCAGUCUCGAACUUGACUUCAUCAACAUAUUCGUUCGUAUGGUACAGAUCCUCGGUAUGCAACGCAACAAUCGACGAUAAACGUACCUUCCUGUGACAUUAGACAAAAUCUCCUAUCCUCGCGUUUUUCCGUCUAUCUUUUUUCUUUUUCUUACGUUGUGUGUUAUGACGGCUGAAUUUGCUCCAUUAUACCUAUUCCUGUUGACGACACAGGUUAUUGUACAUAUUUAACUCAGAGUUGAAAUACGACUUGACAAUUAUCAGUUAUCUAUUUC